CAUUUAAAUUAUCCAAAUAGAGCUAUGCGCCUGCUGAUUUUCCUGCUGCUGCCACUGGUGGCCAUCGCCCAAGACGAUGACUACUGCUUCAGCAGGGACACCGAUCGUCCCCAGACCCGCCAGUUCUCCUCGAAGACCGCCUACCAGAUCGUCAAGGGCUCGGACAUCGAGAGGCAGUACCUGGUACCCGGGUGUCAGGCCCAGAAGAUGUGGAUCUUCCACAGGCACGGCACGCGGCUGCCCAAGAAGAGCAUGAUCAAUAAGGCCUCCAGGGUGGCAGAGCUGCGCGAUCUCAUCGUAAAGAACUAUCAAGUGGAUAGGACUAAGCCGGAAACGGAUGCGCUGUGCCAGACGGAUUUGAUUGCCAUCAAGUUUUGGAAAUGGAACAGCAGCAUAACGCCCGACAUGGAGGAGUACCUGACCGCCCAGGGCUACGAGGAUCUCAGGGGCACGGCCAAGCUGUAUCAGCGCUACUACCCCAGUGUGCUGCCCCCCACCUUCAACGAUACCUAUUACCAGUUCCGUCACACAGACACCCAGCGCACCACAGAAAGUUUCAAGGCCUUCGCCGAAGGUCUCUUCGGAUCUCUCAAUGCCGCCCAUCCCGUCGAGAUCCCCCAGCAGGAUCUGCUGCUCCGUCCCUAUGACUAUUGUACAUCGUUCAAGGAUGUGAACUACAAGGGCGAAGGUUCUGAGUACCAGAAGUUUCAUCAGACUAAACUCUAUAACGACACCUUGGUGGACAUCUCCACGCGAUUGGGUUUCAAGUACACCCUUCCUGAGGAGGACAUCAAGCUGAUGUACGAUAUGUGUCGCUACGAACAGGCUUGGAAUGUGGACCGCGUGAGCGUCUGGUGCGGUGCCUUCUUGCCGGAGCAGGUAACCGUCUUCGAGUACCUGGAGGAUCUGAAGUACUACUACGGAUCGGGUUACGGGUUCCCGGAAAACGCACACCUCAACUGCCGCCUGGUGCAGGACCUGCUCACCCACCUGAGCAACCCCGUUUCGCCUCAUGUGGUGGCCCAUUUCGGCCACUCCACGGGUCUCCUCACUUUGAUCACAGCGCUGGGCAUUCAGAAGGACGACAUCAAACUGAGGGCCGAUAACUACGACAGUUUGAGCAGCCGUCGCUGGAAGAGCAGCCUCAUCGAUCCGUUUGCCAGCAACUUCGUGGCGGUGAAGUACACCUGCCCCGCCGAGUUGGAUCGCGAGAAGGUGAUCUUCUUCCUCAACCAGCAGGCCGUCCAGCUGGACUGGUGCAACGUGGGCCUGUGCAAGUGGUCCGAUGUCCUUGAGAAGUACAAGACCAUUUCGGAGGCGGACUGCGCCGACUAUUACUGCCGGGCGGGCGGAGCUGCGGCGCUAAGAUCCGGAAUUACUGGACUCCUGGCCGCCGCCAUUCUGGUCUACUUAAUGCACUAACUUUCGAUAGGAAUAGCUCUUAAUUUGUAAUGUACAAAACAAAGUUCGUACCAAAUGGUGGGCCGCCUAGCCUCGCCUCGGCGGAUCAGUCAGUCAAGUAUUUUUCGAUUUAGAUUUUCUACUUUUAAUCCAGCAAAAAGCACAAAAACUUCACACAGUCGAGCAACUACACAACACGAGAAACACACCCAGACACCGAAAUAUUCAACUUCACGAUUUUUCUAAACGCUUAACGAACCUUGACAGCGCUGCAGUCAGAAAUAGCUUUAUAUUAACUAAAUAAAAUGAGUAUUUAAAUUGUGA